AUGUCUCAUCUUCAUCCACUAGAUGUAUUUCGAAAAACAAUCUAUGCCGAAGCAAGAGGAGAACCUAUUGAUGGACAAAUAUGGGUUGCUUGGGUGAUCAAGAAUCGAGUUCGUCUAAACAAAGAUUAUUGGGGUGGAAAUUCAAUCAAAGAUGUUUGUUUAAAACCAGGUCAAUUUGAAUGCUGGAAUGAUAGAUCUGACAUUCAGAUUGAUGAACCAGCAGUAUAUGCACAAGUUUGUGAAGUAGUUGACCCCAUUUAUAAUGCAAAUCCUGGGCAAGAUCCAACUGGUGGAUGCGAUCAUUACAAUUGUCCACGUAAAGAAGGUUACCCACCGUGGACCGAAAAUUGUCAAAAAGUACGCAAAAUUGGAGAACAUCAAUUUUACAGAGGUCCUCAAUAA